GAACAUGUGGAGGGUUUUGUUAUCUCGUUCCUCAAUAUUAGCUCAAGCCAGAGGAUUGGCAACCAAGAGAAACGCACCUGAACCGAAGUUUACACAAAGUGCCGCAUUUCAAGGUCGUGGAUCUCGAGGAAUGCCACAAUUCAAGCCAGAUUACUACUCAUCAGACGCGUAUGCCAACAAAAAAGUGCUAUCAGCUAUCGGAAGUCUUAUAGCAAUUGUAAUCUAUUUCGGUUGGCUCAGAGAACCAUCAGAUUUGGACGAAAUAUGGAGCGCUCCACCACACAUUUUGACCUCCAAUUUGGAGAGAAAAAUGCUUCGAGAACAAAUUAAGCAAGCUCAAGAGAAGGGAAUGGAUACAGCGCUUCUACGAGCACAAUUGGAGUAUGUGGAUGUUAAGGAAGAAGCCUUGCGAAUUCAAUUCGAGCAGAAGACAAAUCAACUGGCUAGAAGAAAUCAACAAUCAUAAGUUAAUUUCCUCUGUUCGACUAGGUCCAUUUUAGCUUCUAGUUUUUAAUAUUUUAUUUGAGGAAACGGGUCUGGUCAAUGGCCUUGUUGUAUCAAAUUCGUGUUUAUUUGAAAAUUUUGAACUGAAUAAAUUUUAUACCG